AUUUUUAUAAAGUAAAGAAAUGAAGCUAAAGAUGCCAAAUUCAAUUAUUACCAAUGAAAAACCAACAAUGAUUAUCCCAAGGAACAAAUGUCCUUUCUCUCCGCCCAAACCUCGCAAAAGCGCUAAUCCUGUCGGUGUCAAUUAUCAUCCAUAUAUCACAUACCCGUAUUAACAACCGCCAUUAAAACCCUUUCAACCACCAGAGUUUGCCGGUGGCCGAUGAAUUAAAUAUCCCUCCCGUUCUUUGCUUAUCUGCUGGUUACUGCUGCUGGUGCGGUGCUCUUCCGUCACCUGCCGCUCCCCCCUUGUCAACUCUCUUUAGCUGAGAAGCUCUCAGCUUUUUUGGCAGUGUUGCGACGAAUCUUUGUCUAAAUUUAGCAGGUGACGCAUUGGCUGGGACGAAGUUCGAUGUAACAGACGUGGGGAGUAAUUGGGGGCUUUGUCUUGGUUUAUAAUGGCGUCAACGGAGCUGUCUCAGUCGCAGAAUUUCUCAAUGGCGAAGAACAAUGGGAGGAGCAAACCGAGGGGUUUUCUGUCCGACGGAGUUAUUUUCUGCGGCGGAGCUUUGGUGGCUUUUUUGGUGGUUUGGGCGUUCUGGUCUUUCUUCAGUCCCAGCCCUAGCCCAACUCCUAGUUUCUCUACUUCCUCUUUCAAAUUACCGCACGGUUCAGAAACCUCCUCCUCCUCCUCCCCCUCCGCCGCCGCUUCGUCUACCUGCGCCUAUAAUGUUUCAAGUCCGAACCCGCUCCAUGACCUGCCAGAACCAAACUUUUACGACGACCCGGGACUGAGCUACAGGAUCGACGCGCCGGUCGUUAAGAAUUGGGACGAGAAGAGGAGGGAGUGGCUGAAGCAGCACCCCGCUCUCGCCGCCGGAGCAGAGAAUCGGGUCCUAAUGGUCACCGGGUCGCAGGCAAAACCGUGUAAAAACCCAAUCGGCGAUUAUUUGCUGCUCAAAUUCUUCAAGAACAAAGUAGAUUACUCGCGGCGGCACGGCAUCGACAUUUUCUACAACAAUGUACUGUUCCAGCCCAAGAUGUUCUCAUUCUGGGCCAAAACUCCAACGGUGAAAGCUGCCAUGGUGGCCCACCCGGAGGUGGAGUGGAUCUGGUGGGUGGACUCCGACGCCGCCUUCACGGACAUGGACUUCAAGAUUCCAUUGGGCCGGUACAAGGCCCACAAUCUGGUGAUCCACGGCUGGCCCAAUUUGAUAUACGAGAAGAAGAGCUGGACCAGCAUCAACGCAGGUGUUUUUCUGAUACGUAAUUGCCAGUGGGCCAUGGAUUUCAUGGAUGUCUGGGCCCGCAUGGGCCCACAAACACCCGACUACGAUAAAUGGGGCGAGAUCCUACGGACAACAUUCAAAGACAAGAUUUUCCCGGAAUCGGACGAUCAAUCUGGCUUGGUUUAUUUACUAUUAAAAGAAAAGGAAAAAUGGGGGGAAAAGAUUUACGUGGAGAGUGAGUAUUACUUCGAGGGGUAUUGGAUGGAAAUUGUGGGUAAAUUUGAUAACAUCACCCGCAAGUACAUGGAGAUGGAGAAGGAGGUCGGCGCGUUGAGGAGACGACACGCGGAGAAAGUGAGUGGGAGUUAUGGUAGAUUGCGGGAGGAGUAUCUUAAGGAUGUUGGGUACGGGAGGGAGAGCUGGCGGAGGCCGUUCAUCACGCAUUUCACCGGGUGCCAGCCCUGUAGUGGGGACCACAACCAGAUGUAUUCCGGCCAGACUUGCUUUGACGCAAUGCAGAAGGCUCUCACUUUUGCUGAUAAUCAGGUGCUCAGGAAUUACGGGUUCGUGCACCCGGAUUUACUGGACCCCUCCACCGUGGAUCCUCUGCCCUUUGAUUAUCCUGCUUGAGUGGUCGUGAUUGGAAGUAUGUAAACGUAGAGGAGCGUAUGCGUAUAUAGAUAAUAUAUGGUAUUUUGAGUCUCUUUUGCUGACAAGAAGUAAUGGUUGUGCUUGACUGUUAUUAAUCAGAGAAGGAAGAAGAAAAAAUUAAAUUAUUGGCUAAA